UGUUGAUCUCGUGGUAAUGUGCUAAUUAACGAUUGUCAACUGCGCGCCAACAUGGCGAGUCCUCAUUCAGAAUCGUUCUACUGCAUUCCAACGACAAGUCUGAGCACGGCUGAUCGUCAUUGGUACAGUGCGGUCAGUCUAGUGUCUGCCAGUCUUAGCUUGUCUGGAAGUAUGUACAUGUUGUGUACAUUCUUUAAACAUUUGAAACAGCAAACAGGAAAAGCUAGAUCCCAAUUCUCUGAUACUCUAUUCUACUUGGCGCUGGCUGAUCUUAUUGCUUGUGUGGGUGUUAUCUGUCGAUCUGUAGCUCUCCUGAUUAUCAGCCAUCCAAAAAACUACCCUGAACAAGGCAACAACACUAACACAACAUCCUGCAGCGGCUCACACCCAUCUCAUUGUACACCGUCCUCACAGCACUACCUCUACUAUGGAGUUCUGAUUGAAUUUAUUCUGCGUUUUGGAUACAUUGCGACGUUUAUAUGGACUUUGUUAUAUCCUGUUGACACUUUGCUCAAACUCAAAAAACAGAAAGACGUGAACUUAAUAGUUUACCAUGCCAUCACCUGGACUUUAAGUGCAGCUUUGGCUGGAAGCAAUGUUGUGGUUGUGUUUGUGAAAGUUGGAGUACCCUGUGCUGGAGAAAACCGAUUGAUUUGGUCAUACUUCCUCAUGUACAUGCCACUAGUAGUGGUUAUGGUCACCAAUCCCUUCCUGUACAGACACACAACAAGAGCCUACAGGGAGGAACUCCACAAAACAGGCAAGUACUCCACAGAAGAGAGACAGAAGGUGAACAAAGCAAAACGCAAUUUCAUGCUCUAUACUGUUGUCUUUUACGUUUGUUGGCUCCCAAGUGUGGUCAAUCUCAUUGCUGCUUUAAUCACCCACUUCACAGGAGUAGUUAGAGUGCCCUUUCCCAUAUGGAUUAUCAAUGGAAUAUGUAAUCCUCUUCAAGGUUUUCUGAACAGUCUGUCAUACGGCAAAAUGGUUCCAAGAGCUUCAAGGAAUGGCCAAUCAUCGCCUGCAUUGGAAAUUGAAGAUUCUUUGAACAUGACUGAAAGAGAGGCAGCUGAGAUAAAAGAACAGAAACCUCGUGAAAAGCAUCCUCUUCUCCAGCAGCAGAAACUUUGAGUUUUUAAGCUUGAACCACACAUGCAGCUAUGGUAUUGUGACUUUUCAUAGGCUUGCAGCUGGCUGUUGUGCAUUUUGUGAUGUUUAUGCUAAUAAUAUUUAGAAUUUCAUGCAUGUAUAUCCACU